AUGUCAUCCAUGUCCUGCUUUCACGCCAAAAAAGGGGGCGAGGGGCAACAGGCCAAGGUGAUUCGAAGAUUUGGCAAUAUUGAAUGCUACUGUGGCUCAAUCCACCACCUGCAUAUCUACUACUGCUGCGUUGUGGUCUGUCGGUACACCAUACCCACAUGCCUCUCCGGAGAUCAAAUUAUACCAGUGGUGAAAGAAAGGCUCGAGCGGGCCGUCGCCCUCACGGUCCUCGAACACCCCCUCUUGCAGGCAGGCAUAGACGACGAGGAUAGCAAGAGACCCGCCUGGGUGCGUCUCGAGAGUAUUGAUCUGCGCAACCAUAUCGAGUGGCGGGAAGCAGAAGACGAAACCAAAGACUUCGAUGUCUUCGUCCAUAAUGUGACAGAAAUGCAGCACAACACCCCGUUCCCGAACCAAGACAGCCAGCCUGGGUGGAAGGUCACUGUUCUGCAGCCAGCUGUGCAAAGGGAGUUCGUCGAGGUGCUGUUCGCGUGGAACCACGCGCAUGGAGACGGGACGAGCGGGCGGGUGUUCCACGAGACGCUGCUGCGGAAGCUCAACACGCACUCCCGAGAAGAAGUUGGAUUAGCGUUGAAAGAGCACAUCCUCCAGCUCCGCCAAGACACACCGUUCACCCCCUCUCAGGAGAUGCUCCUCAAGUUCCCCAUGUCUCCCGCGUAUGCCCUAUCAACCGGCUGGAAAGAACUCAGGCCUGCUGUCUUCGCAAAGGACUCCGCCACACACGCUAAUUGGGCACCGAUCAAAAAACUCCCGUACUCGAGUCGGUUCAAGGGGAUCACCGUCGAUAGCGAGACGCUCCAGAAGGUGCUGGUGCUAUGCCGUCAGCAUCAGACGACGCUCACAGGGCUGCUGCACGCACUCUGCUUGAUAUCAGUGGCCAAUCGGCUGCCAAAAGAGCAAGCACCGGGUUUCAAAAGCGUCACGCCAUUUUGUCUGCGUCGCUUCCUUGACCCGAAGCAGUCCGAGUGCCAUAGUAUCGACCCAGAUAACAUAUUCGCCAACUUGGUCUCAUCGAGGCACCACGCUUUCAACAUCGAUCUUUUAGAGAAACUCAGGACGCAGCUUGAGGGCGCGACGACUGGAGCGCAGACAGCUGUCGACGAGCUGCAGGAGACCAUGUGGGCUGCCGCGGUAUCUGUGAGACAGGACUUAGUGAAGCGGAUAAACGCCAAUCUUAAGAAUGAAGCGGUGGGCUUACUGAAGUUCGUGGGUGAUUGGAACACAGAGUGGAAAUCUCAGAUGAAGAAGGCGCGGGAACUAACUUGGGAGGUCAGUAAUAUUGGGGUGAUCGACGGAAAGCUAGUCCGCAGCGAUGAAAAUCUGGAUCCAGAGGGCAGCUGGACGAUUGAAAGAGCAAUCUUUUCGCAGAGUGCGUUCGUGCCUGGGCCGGCGUUGGGAGUUAAUCCUAUAUCUGUCAAGGGGGGGAGCUUGUGCAUCACCUGCACUUGGCAAGGGGGUAUAAUCGAUGCAAAGCUGGGCGAAGGCUUGAUUUUCGACUUGGGGAAUUGGUUGCACGAUCUGGGGAAGGAAGGGCGUAUCAGUUUCAGAUAG